AUGCAGUCAGAAAGUGAAACGAAAAAUGAGACUGGCGUGUACAAUGCGGGGAACUCGUCACAAUAUCCGGGAGCGCCUCCCCCUUACCCUGGACCACCACCAGGUCCCGCACCAGCCGCCUAUCCCCACCCAGUCCAGGGUCCGACAAUCGUCCAUGGUACUACCACUGUGAUACACGGACCAGCAGUGGUCCCCGCGGUGGUAGUCGGCCGUCAAAUGGGCACCCAAGCAACGACCUACGUUUGCAAGUCCUGCAACCAUCAAGUCAUCACGAGGGUGGACAGAAGUCCAUCGUUGCGCACUCACCUCUUUGCGCUCUUAUUAUGCGUUAUUGGGUGCUGGCCGUUCGCAUGUGUACCAUACUGCGUAGAUUCCUGCAACAAUGCCGACCACUAUUGCACGAACUGCGGCGCGUAUAUUGGAUCGUACGUAGGC